CCACUUGAACCGGAACCUUUCGUGGAGCCCUCCCUGCCGGUCUAUCGCCCUGACAGCAGCCACAACACCGACCACACACCGACCCCAGUCCGCCUGCAGCGGGAGGCGCCCUCCUCAUCGACCAUGCAGCCGGUAACAUAGAUCCAGAUCAGCCGCUGGAAGUGACACACGUUCAUCCCCCCUGACGGCCUCGUCUCUCUGGAUACCCACGACUGACAGGACCCAUGGGCGCCGCUGUCCGGGUCCACCCUCGGUGGUGACCGAGCGGCUCGCCCCGGUGGACUUCGUGACCCAUCCGUGUAGAGCUCCUGUUCGGUCGGACUGGAUUAUUGACGCACAGCAGCCUCCGGGGUCGACAGAGGGGAAGGAUGGGGGGCACGACCUCUUGCUGCGUGUCCGGCAGCCCCAAGCUGCGCAGAAAUGCCCACUCCAGGCUGGAGUCGUACCACCAGGAGUCGGAUCUGAGCAGGGAGGAGACGGGAUGUAACCUGCAGCACAUCAGCGACCGGGAGAACGUCGACGGUAAAGGAAAUGAGCUGCGUGUUCACUGUGGAGGGGUUCCCACGAUGAGAAAGUCACUCCAGAUAAGAUGGAGUUUGAUGAGGAAGUGUCAGAUUAGGAUGCUGGAGAAAUAGGUUGUUUAUCAUGAUUACUCAGGACUGUACAAAAUAAGACAAAAGUAACCAAGACAGAACAGUUACAGUAUCUAGAUUGUAUAAUACACUUACAUGAAACAGAAUUUGAUGGUUUAAGAAGUAAGUUUGGGGGUACAGGGUUCAGGUUCAUGAUCCUCAUGUCCAGGACAGUUUUCCACUUCUCCUCCAAGAGCUGCUGGAGUCUCUGGAUCGGGUUUAAACGUGGUUUUGUCUUUGCAUGUUAGUCUUAACCUGCACCUGUGAGUGGAGAGACAAACCGUGUCAACAGAUAGGUGAUUUUGAGUGUGUGUAGUGGGGCGGUAGUAGCUCAGGAGGUAGAGUGAUCAUCCAAUGACCGGAGGGUUGGCGGUUCGAUUCCCUCCUAUCCUUAGUCUGUCCGUUGUGUCCUUGGGCAAGACGCUUAACCCACCUUAAUCCCAGUGUGUGUGAGUGUUGUGUGGUGGUGGUCGGAGAGGCCAUAGGCGCAAACUGGCCGCCAUGUUUCCAUCAGUUAGCUGUGACCACUAAAAGGUAGUUUACCACCACCAAGGGUGUGACUGUAUGAGCGAAUGAAUGAUGUAUCCAAUGUAAAAAGCGCUUUGAGGGUCUCUGAUAAAGCUCUAUAUGAAAUCUGAUUCAUUAUUUUUGUUUCCACCACGGAGACAUGUCUGUUCUUAGUGUAAAAAUCACAGCCAUCCACCAUCAGCUGUUCUCUGACUCUUAUACUGUAGUUGAUGAAAUCCUCCAGGAGCUCAGGAGCUUCGUUUGGAAAUCAUCAUCUCUCACAGUGAAUCUGUUGUUGUCAUACUCAGUCAGACUCAUGGAUCAUGACAGCGGGAGAGAAGUUUGGAAAUCACCACUAAGUAAACUUGAAGAUAUUCUGGUGUAAACUUAAUUUAGGGUCAAACUCACUGUAAAACAGAGAUAGACACCCCCUCCAGAGAUGAAUGUUGUCGACCGCUUGCUUCUCUAGUUAUACCAACUUUAGUAACGACCGCAGGAUAGAAAUACAGAGAGCCACGCCCCCAACCAAAACGCCACUCUAUAACCACAAAUAAUGCUCAGAACAGCACCUAACUUCAUCAACAGGCCAGCGUCUCGGUCUGACUGCAUUUACAUGAAGAAAUGAUCAUAAAUGUUCUUCCUUGAGCUGCGGCACCCCGCUGUAGUCUGUAAUGGACUGGCCUGAGGUCUCGGUACAAACAAGCGGCUGCUGGAAGAGAGUAGGUGAGUUGUGUUUAGUCUCUUUGCUAAAGAAAUGAGUCAAAGUUAAAAAGAUGUUUGGUGUCUAGUACUAUGGCUGUGACCCUAUAUGUCCUGUUGAUGAAGUUAGGUGCUGUUCUGAGCAUUAUUUGUGGCUAUAGAGUGGCGUUUUGGUUGGGGGCGUGGCUCUCUGUAUUUCUAUCCUGCGGUCGUUACUAAAGUUGGUAUAACUAGAGAAGUAAGCGGUCGACAACAUUCAUCUUUAUUUUUACAGCGGACUAUCCCUUUAACGUUGAAAACCUGCUACACCUUAAACCACAGGCGGAUAUUAAAAAGUGAAUCCUGGUGUAUCAGAGUCGGCGUAGAUCUUAGUCUCUCCCGACCUCAUCUGUGAUCUCCAUCCCUCUCAUAUCCUGCAGAAACAGCAGCUGCCGUGCUUCUCUCUGUUCACACUCAUCAGCCUGUAAUAUUGAGUGACUGGCAGAAACGCGUUAGAACCGCCAUGUGUAAAACGAGGCACAUGGCAGGAGUCACGCGUGUGCGCUCGCUCGCUCCCAUGAGACACAGAUAUGGAGCUGCAGACAACAUCCUGUUCAGAGCAGCAGACUCCUUUUUGUGCAGCUCUUUGUUUCCAGCCCGUGCAUGAAAGAAACUGCAACUAUGGAUGGCAGCUCCCCCCCUCCACUGACACAUGCUAAUAUGCAUCACAAUUGACCCAUUCACACUGGAGAGUGUUGUCUAAAUGGGCCGUCUAUGUGCAGCCGGCAGCCAAGCCAUGACACAUGAAUGAGGCUUUUCUCGUUUAUGAUUUCAUGAAAUUUGACAGGCUCCAUCGAAGGCUGGUGUGAAGAUAUGACACAUCAUCGGGACGUCUGUCUGUGCAGUAUUGACAGAUAAUCACAGGACUCACUUAAUUUUUACUGUUCUAGAUAAGAUAACAUCCAAAAGGUUAAAGUAGACAUUUGUUUCUGCUCAAGGACUCAGAGGAUGAGAGUUUGUCUCAAUCUUAAGAUGAUGCUAAAGCAAUGAUUGUUAAAGAAAUACAAAACCUCCUCUGAUCUACUGACAGUAUUUUCCUGCAGUUUAAAAUAAAGAGUUGAAACAUCAAAUCGACAAGAAGUCAGCUGAUGAUAAACUUCUUCAUAUUCAUCUGUGAUUCAGCCAGGAUCUGUUUAUUUACAUGCAGUAAGCUGUAUUUGGAAGUGUUGUUCAGGUCUGAGGGUCUCCUGCUCUUUUAUAGGAGGAGUUCAGGAAAAGGGAGAACACUCAUGACUAGAGAAAAAGACGAGGCGGGGAGAGGAUCAGCAAAGACCUCGAGGUACAAAAGAGAGCAGACGUCAGUGACUGUAAAUACAGGAGCUGCAGAGGACGCAGGGAGGUGAUGGUGUUAGCGGUGCGUUCCUGUUGUACUCAGAUGUCGGGAUGUCUGAGCUCCAAGUCAUAACUUUCAACUGGAAAAGGAAAGUCGGACGAUCCAAACAACCCCUGAGUUGACAUUUAAAGAUGGCUGCGCUGGUUGUAAACAGGAAGUAGAAGCUCCUGUAAUGAGAACUAAAUAGGCGGUCUUCUGCGUCUUUGUGUUUCUUCUUCAUCGACCAUGUUUGCAGGUUGCAGAAGGACUGCACAUUUGUCCAGAAGUUAUUUAUAUUCGGUUAUUUAUAUUCAUUUAUAUUCAUCUAUGAAUAACUUUCAUAAAUGUAGCCAUCUUGUUUCCGCUUCCGGUUUUGGCGGUUGGCUACUUUUUUCCAACUUUGUAACUGAAACACUGAUAACUCGGGUGGGACGUCACUCCCAGCUCUGACUUCUACGUCCUUCAACUGCGAGGCAUCUAGUGUCCUGACCGACCACCGCCGCCUCCAACGCUGCCUCCGUUUUUGUCUCCUACACAAAACAUACAUUAUCACCAGUUCUUCCACAGUCGCAGUGUUUCUUUUUGUUUGUUGUCGUCAGAAACUUUUGACUCCUGCCUGCCUCCUGGUGGAUGUAAAUGGUUAACAUCCAUGCCGACGUAAAGGACGCGUGGAAGUAUGUAGGCAGUGACGGAACCAUCGUUUGAAAGGGAUGCGUACAUUUUCAUACAUACGGCGAGCGUAAAUGAGCCUUUCUGCUGCUGGAACUGCUGGUGCUGAUUUGGGUCAAACUGUACUGAUGGCUUUUCUUGAAGUUGGACUGAGUAAAGUGCUCCAGGUUUAGGGUUAAAAUCAUGACUUUAUUAUAGUGCAUACAUUACUGGAGUCCACAGCUGAGGGCUGUAAUGACAGAGAGGAAAAAGUGACCUGGAGGCAGAGGAGUGACGGCGCACCAACGCCUGCUGACGGGGAUAAAGACGCCUCGUGCUGGGACGCCGUCUGUCUCAGGAGCGUGUCUAAUGUGUUUUCUCUAUUAGGAGUUCACAGACAGCGCCGUGGAGAUUAGUGGGCUUCAUUAAGAUCUGAACCGUCAGAGAAAGUCUUCUCCCCCCUUAAAAGACGAGCCCAGAGAGGCAGCUGGGAGUCUGUGUCGGAGCAGAUAGGAGAAACCACCGGGGACAGGCGAGCGCCAAGAAUGACGGGCUUGAUUUAGAGCGUGACGAUCAGCUGUGUCCUGGUUGAACGGACUGGUGGACGUGAAUGAACACAUUAGAAGUACUUCACCUAUAGAGAUUCAGUACAGUUACAUUUAAGGGUACAGUAGAAUUACAUGCAGCAGGAACAGGUCUAACUCAUCUCGUGGUGCAUUUCCUGAAACCAGGAAUCUACUUCUGUAACUUCUGCUCCUGUAACCAACUCAAACCAGCAUCCAAGUACCUCUAAAGUGAAGCUGGUAAAAAGGUUCCUGCAGGUGUGCUGGACUUCUAUAUCUAACAUCCCAUCAGAGUCACUAAUACAGUCUUUUCUGGGAGUUUUCUCCAUCAUGCUGUAGGUUCUUCUGGAUCGCUGCUGCAGACGUCCUCCUCUCUGAACCCUAAAUAUAGAGAGUUGAAGUAAAACGUUUUUGAGAAAAAACGGUUAAAGUUGUUGUUUUAUAAGGAAGCUAACAACUUAGACUGACUUUGUACUCAAAAGAUUUCGUACUUUAAAUCGACAGCUUUUCUCUCCCUAAUUUAUAAAUCUUACAUAUUUAUUACCAUCUGUUAUCUAAUUACUGGAUUAAUCUGAACAUUUAUAACUUUUUCUGGUCUUCGUAAAAGAUUUAAAGAUUUAACUCUACGUACAAAAAAAUCUCCUCAUGGAUCAAAACCUCACAAAAAGUCUAGAAUUUACCCUCCUUCCCUCAAAACUCAACCGCUCUCAAACAAACCAAGAGACACCGACUGAAGGUGUCGGCAUCUUUGGUGUCACAGCCGAAACUGAGUGAAAGAACCUCCUUUUAUAGACUAACCAGGCUGAUGAGAACCAGCUGAGUGCAGAGAGGACAGGUGAGCUGAGUGAGACGAUCGUUAGGUGUGCUGGAGGUCACAGACGACCUCCAUCUGUAAAUAUAUUUAUAUAUAUAUUCACAAAUCUUUUUCAUUUUUGACUCUUUGUGGUUCUUCCAGGAACAGAAACUUUUGAUGGAUUUUGGCUGAUUUUGUCUCCAUCGCUGGUUUGAAGUUGUGACUAGUUCAGAGAAUCGUUUAUUUGGUAAAAUACAUGAUAAUUAAAUUGGAAAUAUCUGUUGAAUUCUUGACCUAAAACUUAAUAGCAAGUAUUGAAGUUUUGAGGAAAAAUGCAGUUCAGUUACAGACGCCCACUCCCUUCUUGGAGGUGGACGCUCAUGGACAGGGAGGGACGGACAAAGCCGUCAUAUGAUCGUCCUCUCUUGGACAAAGCCGGCUGUGUUCCUGAGGGGAGAUGACUGCUGUUGGUGUGAGACAUGAGGCGUCAGCUGAUGAGUUUUAAAUUCAGAGUUUGGAGGGACGUAAGAGAAAAAAUUGUAAAGUUUGUUUUAUGAUUUCUGUGGUUGUGAACACAAAACAAACGGGAGGACAGAACGUCAAAGAUUAACCUUCCAAAAACACGAGAACAAAAGACAGAGGGGAAAAGUAAGAGGGCGUCAGGUAGGGGAGAGGGUAACGAGAGGCAGGUGAGACACCAGGAAAUCACUGAGGAGGGAAAACACAGGAAGUAAAACGAAACCAGAAUCACAGGGAUCAACUACUACAAAAUAAAACAGGAAGUUUUAGAGAAAGGAACUACAAAAUAAAGCAGAAAACACUCAAGACUGAUCUUCAGAAUAAAACACUGAGACAAAAACUCACUGAACAGGAUCCCAGAGGACAGAAACACGAGGGGAAAUACAACCAGAUACCAAACACAACCCAGCUCGUCAUGACAGCGGUCGUGUCAUGAACUUUAUGAGUGAUUUAAUAUGAUCAGCGACAACGCUGGUUUCUCUUUAGACUGAGUUUUAGUGUUUCAGUUUCAGCUCUCUGUUUUUAGAUUCAUAAUGAACCUCAUUUAGUAGAUCAGGAGUUUUAAAGCAGCACAGAAAUGGUCUCAGGGAUGUUUCCUGGUCCACCUUCUUCUCUGUUUCUUGUAAAUCUUUGUUACCAAAGUCCACUUAUCUAAAGACUCCCUGUUCUCAACAGUUUGUCACUCAGAGUCUCAGAUAAUCUCAGAUAACUGCUCUCUGUACCUUUAACCUUUCCCUCUGUCAGUCAUUACCAGCCUUUCACUGAGUGGUGUGUGUUAAAACUUUGGCUGAAAUUAUGUAUAAAAAUUAACUUUAAUUAUGCAAAUCUAUGUUUUACUCUAACCUCAGGACAGGAACGAACUUUUCAGAGCAGAACUGAUUCUGUACCAGACUGUAAACAGGUUUAAUUCAGCUCUAAAGUUGGCAGUUUUAACAUGGAGCAAAUAGGGAAUCAUUGGCUUUUGGGGUUGGCCUCUAGUGGACAGUUGUGGAACUGCAGUUUUUGAACUUACAAAUUGAAGUUUCAGAUCUGUUUUCUGCAGAUAUAUUUGACAUGACGUGAGUGAUCUGCUUGUUUUAGAGUUAAAAACCAUCAUCAAGAGGUUUUGACCAAUCAGGAUCGAGUAUUUAUCGAGGUUUUAAUCCAGUAACAUUGUCGGCUUCAUGCUUAUUUGUAUCAUAAAACAGCAGCUGUCUCUUUUUUGCACUACCUGGUUUGAACGUCUGAAAACGGAAAAGUGCUGUUUCGUUUUCAGUUGUUAUGCUGUGUUUACACAGAAACGCAAUGUGGUUGAAAACGCCGUAAUGUGCAUGCAAGGUCGCUAGGUGGAGCGUGUCGGUGUGACCGCGCUCCCAUAUGAACAACGCAUACGUAGAAAAACUUCCGUUCUACUUCCUAGAAGCAUGCAGCAGAAUAUGGCGAAAAAACGAUCAAAAGCUGACUGUUCGAGAUUGAGCUCCUGCCCGUUCAAUAAUAACGACAGCGCGACUCGAAUGUCCAGCAUGGUUGCUCUUGUUAUUUUCAAGGAAGCCGCACAUGGCUAUGAUGUCAUAAACGUGAGCCGACGUGAGUCACAGGUUUGACUGUUUUCAGCGUUUUUGUACUUUAGACGAAAGCGGGACGAGCAGAGCGUUUACAACAUUUCCACUCUGGAGGAGGUUUUCACUUUGUUACGUUUUCAAAACGCAGUUGCCGUCCAAACGGACCCCCCUAAUCUAAACUAAACUUUUCCGUUUUCUAUGGAGACCGUUUCCGUCUGAAAGUGGCCUCAGUCAAACUCACAGUAAGAGGGUUCAGGAUGGAGGAAAUGUGUCGUGUUGCAGCAGGUAAAGUAAGCAGGUGUGCCUUAAAAACACUUUAAAACUAACAAAGUGCAGUAAUGGAUGAAAACAUUUUAAAAAGGUGGUUUUUUUUAAUUCUUACUGUCUUCUCAAAUGACCUUCAGAGUAAACAAAGAUGAAAAAACAAACCGUAUUUCUGUGUCAAACUUUUUUGGCCUUGAAAGCAGUUUGUUCUGACAGGAUCAGAGUCGGAUAUCAAAGUUCUGCUGAAGUUGCACAAAAAGACCAAAUUCUUUCCACUGUCAAGAAACACGUCAAGCUGCAGAGUUAUUUUUACCGCAGCAGCAGCAGCAGCAGCAGCAGCGUGUGUUUCUCCAGAGGCUCAGCUCGUCGUGGCGCCGAAAGGAAACGACUCUAUUUAAAAAGCGGCAUCUGUAAAAAUGGCCUCAAAGCUCACGUCUUUAUUUUGGUGUGUUGGUGAUUAUGUGUUCGUCACAGACUCAUUAUCAUCACAGGAGAGGGUCCCUGAUUGAUUUACUCCCCGGUCCACACACACACCUCCUCUCCUCACUAAUUAUCACUUCAGACAGACACGCUAGCUUUGAGCGUCGAGACUGACGAACUAAUUUACAUUUUUAAAAACUACAUCAGAAGGAAACUUUCUGUCGGACUGUUAAAAACAAAAACGACUCGACUGACACCAUCUGACCUCCGACUCGUCUCCAAAAUGUCAUAUCAAGAAAUUCUGGAUUCUUAUGAAUUUAAAGUUUGUUUGUUUGUCGUGUAGCUCGCCGUUUUGUGUCCUAUUUUAGUGAAAUUUACUUCUUUUAGCCUUGCAGAAAACUCAAUAUUUGCACCAUGGUGCGCGGUGUUAGUUCAGGCAGGCCAUGAGAUUAAGUUCAGUCCAAAUAAUCCUGAUGCUGACUGAAGUCUCCAUAAAUUGGUUGUUGGAAGCUGGAUUAAAAAAAACAAACUUGUUUAGCUUGUUAGCCUCUUGCUAACAUGUUUGUCGAUUGUUUUGUCUGCGAAUAAAUCGAUUCAAGACGGUAGUCAGAAUAAAUCGUUUAAUCAAGCUUAAACUGAGAUCGACUUGCUCAUGGAUGUAGACGCUGACCACCAAUUUCCACCCAAUCCGGAACGGCUCCACCAGGGAAUGGUGGUAAUUUUCGCCAUCUGCCAAUUCCUACUGGAGGCGAAUUUUGUGGCGGAUUUCGGACAGCAGGAAUCGCGAGAACUCACAAGAACCAUGGUGUCAUCGGGGUGAAAUGACGUCUAAAAACCUUCAUCUUGCUCGUCUCCGCCCGUUUGCAUGGUGUGAAAUACGAUCCUCCUGAAACACGGAGUGUUUUAUUUUGAAAAGAAGCCGGAUGUUUUAUUUUGUGUCUGUGCCCGACUUCCUUUCCAGCACGGGUUAAUCUGUGCUGAAUUUAUCCGCCAUGCUCCGGUGUCCAGAAAAAAUAGAACUCUUGUGAUCAGCUGAGGAGUCCGGCGAUCCGCAGAGGAACGGAAAGAAGUCGGUGUAAAUUGACACGUUAACUUGAAUGGAAACGAUCAGCUGUGAUCGGCACAUCCGGAUGCGGCAGAAAUUGGGGCCGAUACCUGCUCUCGUCUGGAUCCUGGAGGUCUUUGCUGAUGCUCUCCCCGCCUCUCUGAUCACUCUGAUCAGAGCUAAACUGCUAAAUUUCAUUAUCACACGUCCAGGUUUGAUACCUUUUUAAAAUCGUUUCACAGAGUUUUGAAGAGUUUGAAUAACUUGCAGAUUGUGACGGAUGUUUUUGGUCGUUGAGGCGACACUAACGGCGGUGAUGACGGUUCAUGUUCCCAGGAAACUCGCUCUGAAAUGAGCCGGUGAGCGUGUGUGUGCAGGUCAGUUUUGUUUGUUUUAGCUGAGUCGCUUUACCCAAGGCCUUUGGUCAGUGUGUGUGUGUGUGUGUGUGUGUGUGUGUGUGUUGAAACAGUAUCAGGGGGUUAGGAUAACAUCCUCCUGUUGUUUGACGGCUGAAAUGAUAAUGAAGAUGGAAAAAAAGCCUCGACACUCAUAGAAGUAAAACAAAAUCAUCUAAAAAUCUUCUGUCGUUGUAUUUUUCCACUAACUGAAAGAUAAAUAAACUUCAUUUUUAUGUUUUUACAGCAGAAAUUGUCGAGUUAAACUAAAAUAGUUUAUCUCUAAGCUCACGCCCUUCAGCUCAGAGUUGGUUGAAAUAUUUUCCAGGCGGGUUUAAACGGUUAAAGAUUAAUAAGCAUGACUGAACAGUGAACAUGUUCGCUGACUGCAUGGGAGCCGAGCGGGGUUCAUUCUUCCACAGCCUCCUACAAAAACACUGAGAGCACGCUCACAUCAGGGCAGACUGCAGACCGGACUCUAACAGAGCUGGUACUGGGACUGGAAAGACCCCAGAAAUACAACCUCAGAAUAAAAGCAUCAAAAGAUCGUGUCGUAGAAAAGAAAAAUCGGCUUGAUCGAUGUGUUGACAUUAGAGCCACCUGACCGUAUUGUUGAUAUUAGAGGUCCAGGUGAGCUGCAUGUGUGAAUGACAAUAACUGGACUCUUCAUCCUGACUUUACGUGGACUUUUCCUUCUUGCUCAUGGGUAAAAUCCUGCAGGAAGGCGAGGUUAGAGUCAGGUUAUACAAGCAGGCAGUUUGUUGAUAUUUUGAAGCAUCCAGUCAGGCGAGCAGAGCCUCUCUGCUUCUUGUAAAUAUUACAUUGGGAUUUCCUCAGUGUCCUUCACAGGUCGUGUUAUUCCUCCUGAGAUCCACUCAAACAUUUUCAGGAGUGCAUGUGAGAAAAGGACCUUAGAAAGUCAACGCUAAGACGUGUUGUCUGAUGUCUUAAGUCCAGUAGGUCGACUAACUGUAGCUCCAUAAAAAGUGGACUUUGAUUUGGAAAACUGAAGAAGUAGAAAUUUAAUCCAGGAGUCAAAAUCAAAUGAGAUUGAAAGCGCAGAGUCAGCAAAAUUUUUAGGGUUCGAUUUUUAGUUUUCUCUGCAAAUUAAUAUCACCCGACAUUUCCCUAACGCGGUUCAAAUCAUUCGCGCGAAUAAUUUACAUGUUAAGUCAAUGCAAAGACGCGAUUAGGCUCUCGUACUACUCUGGUGGUGCGAAUGACAUAAAAUGGGUGGCGCUAAUUGACCGAGACGGGAAUGAGUGAGAGUUGAAGAUAUCUCAACUUGAGCGGAUAUUCGUAUCGCAAUAACCAAUCAGCGUGAAGAUUCCCAAGGUGACGGAUGAAAACAGACUCUAAGAUGUUGACUGGUGUGAAAAUAUAAACACAAGUCCUUUUACUCACAGUAGACAGAAAAAUCGUCUCUCUCUUGAUCCUGUUGAUGUUGAAUUGGCAAGGAUCACUGUUGAAAUUAGCAUAAAGGGCAAUCCGCAACUUCUAAGUCGUGGAUGGCGCACGUAAAUACUUUUCAUCCACAUGUCUAGAUUUGCGCAAAUUAAGUGAGUGGAUGAUUUUACCCGUGCUCGGUGUGAACGCCCCAUAAAGAAGCCGCAUGUUUGAAUACAGAUGGUUGGAUUUUUACCCAAACUUGUCCAGACUUUUUCCAAAACAGGCUCCCGUUAAAAUGUCGACGAGAAGUCGGUGAGCUGAUGGUCGAACUGGAAGGUUUAAACCAAGAAAAGUCAGAGUUUCUGCUUUUUCUCAUAGACUGUGAAAAACGGACGUCACCCUGAGAGUUGUUUUGAAGCUUAUCGACAGGUAACCAUAUUUAUUAUGCCGACUUAACCUUACUUUUAUCGUCGACGUAGCGAGAAGAAAAGAGUCAAUCAAGCCAGUCUGAUGAUGCGAAACUCAUAAUUUUUAGUAUCUUAAAAACUAAUGAAUCACAAAAAAGAGAAAUCAAAGUAUUCCGACAAAAACUGCAUUUUUGCUGCAGAAAUGAGAUUUUUUGAAUGGUUGUGUAUGUGGCUUCUGCAGCUUUAGCAACCGGCCUCAAGUGGACACUGAAGGUACUGCAGCUGUAUCACUUCUGCGUUUCAUUGAUCACUGAAGAUAUUGGACUUAUUCAGGUAAUUAACUCUAUUACCUGAAGACGUCUAAUGACAAUAAGACACGGAUAACUGUGACAGAGCAGCAGACAGCAGCUUCAUGAUGCUGACAGUCACGUUUAAAGGAGCGCUGCGGUUUUUACUGCGAGACACUGACGCAGCAAGAAGCUGAAAGAAGCCGACGCUGAAUCUACAACCACAAACACUCGUCCAUCAGCAGCUCUGUGUGCUGCUGCCGUCUGGAUCAUCUUCACCAACAUCAGCAAUAAGACGAGAAGACAGAAAAUGAAACAGGGUCAAAGGAGAGUAAAACUCUGCAUCGGGAGCGCCUGUUGUUGAUUCAUUAUGUAGGAGCCGUCAGACGGACACAUCGUCUCCUGUUUCUCUGCGCAGAUGUCCGCCGCCAGUCUUCGUUAACGUUUACCUGAGGCGCUGAAUAUCACAUAUCAGCACUCGACACCUGCUGCAAAGCACUCUGGGAUUUCCAGUGGGUUGGGUUCUGCAGAUUUACUCAGAAAUGCAGAGAUGGUUUUCUGCAGCAGAUUUAUACUCUCCACAUUGUGCAUAAAUCCUUUUUUUCAAGAGUGAUGUUGUUGGAUUUACUGCAGGAUGUGGUGUUUGUCUAAACUGAGACAUUUAUGAAAACAAAAAAAUGAAAAAUGAGAUUAUAAAAAACCAGCUCUGCAGAAAUACCAGAGUGGUUUCUAUGGAGAUUUAAUCAGUAUGUCAGAAAGUCACUUUUUAACUCGAUCUCUUCUAGUUGAAGUCAUUUUAUAACCAGUUUACAAAACGGAUUUAUGUUUGCUUUUCACAGAGGGAAACUGUUACGUACGAUCACUGCAGGAACAGACACUGAAAGUUAGAUAAGAGUAUUUGACAAAACCGCAUUAUUACAGCAGCUAAAGUCACAGUCAGCGUGACAAAAACAUCAGAUAUAUAAAAAAGAGUAACCCUUUAAUUCCUGAAACACAAAUUAUGGCCAGAAAAUUCACAAUUUUUUGGAACUGAAAUGUUUAUUUCACUUGAUAUUGAAAACCCAAAAAAUCAAAAUGUCCUUAAAAUUUCCCAAAUUUUUUUAUUUCUCUCGUUUGAUACAUCAGACUUUUUUGGAAACUGAUAAACUACAAGAGGACAAUUUUAUAAUUUAUCGGACUGUAUUCAGGUGAUUUUUUUUUUUUAGUAAUUUGUUGAUCAUAUUGAUUUGAUAGAAGUUUAUAAAAUAUCAAAAAUGAUACAAAAGGCAGAAUAAGUCUAAAUUUAAAGGCAAAGAUAUAAAAGUAAAAAAGAAAUACUCUCCGGUUGUUUACAUUCUACGAUCAUAUGACACAGAUACAGACUCCGCUCCCGCAGCGAUCCGUUCCUUCACGUGUGUUUACACGAGGAGGGAUUUCAGGUGUUGUGGGUCGCUAAGAGUCGUCAGUGUUCAUAUCAGUCAGAGUGUUUUUUAGGUCUUUUGAAAUCCGGCCCUUAAAGGAAGUGAUGUCACAGUGACCACCGGCUCUAAUAUGCGAGCGUGUUGAAAUUGGCCGGAUGCGGUGAUCCCCCAGAAUUACUGUUGCAUAAGGUGCUGAAGCGACACGAGGCUAAUCCGAGCUCAGUGGUCCGCUGAGCUCCAGAGGUCUCCGUCCAGAAAUAAUCAGACGUGUUUCUGAAAAUCUCAGAGGUCCUCGCCGACGGUCCAGCAGAGGUUCAGCCGCCAGCGAAAGUGGCACUGAGAUUAAAACCAGUUUGGCGAGAACAGCGAGUGUGUCAACAGGUUCUUAAAUGUGUUUGGCAGCGAAGACGGUUCAGCUCGGCCUUUUUUAAGAUCUUUCACAAACAAACAAACUCCAUCAUCCUUUCUUUUAAUCUUUUAGAAAAGGAAUGAAAAACGUACUUUCUGCACAUUAUUCUGUUUAUUUCUUACUCACAAACUACUGCAUGAAUAAAUCUGUUAUUUUAAAGUGGUUCUGACUGAAGGUGGGUGUAGCGAAAAAGGCCGCUGGGGUUUAGGUCCACUUGCAUCUGUGACUCGUUUAAUUAUCAGUCCAGUUUGAGUUUUAAAAAAGUGAUUAAUUCUUCAAAAAAGAUUUCUACGAGUCUUAAAUGAAAGAUUAAAAACCGUACAUCAUAUUCGGUCUGAAAACCAAAGUGACUCUUCUUCUUUUAUUUGCUUUUACAGAAAUAAACAUGGAGUACAACCCAUCGGACCAUCCACGAGCCAGCACCAUCUUCCUCAGCAAAUCCCAGAACGAAGGUGAGUCGACAAAACAUCAUCGUAGUGACGAUAUUCACCGGUUUGAGAGUCUGAAAUUUCUCUCCCGGACGAUGGUUUGAAAUAUAUCCACAAACUUUGGAAUAUUACUCUUAAGUUUAGAAAAUCUGGAGACUAAAGGUCCUUUCACACCGGGAGCGUUUUUUUCGUGCGAUUAUUUCAGAUGUCAAUAUUUUUUUGCUUGAUGUGUAGUCAGGCACGUCAAAAUCCGCCUCCAAAUAUUUCGUAAUUUUGCGUUCUAUAUUUUUGUCAUUCUCAGCGUGUAAGGACCUUAAGUCAGAACUGAGGAGAUAAACUUGCUGAGUACUGACCUGCAGAAAACGCCCUCUGCUGGUCGUUUAGAGCAGUGGUUCUCACUCUUGGACCCACAUUUUCCCACGGUCCUUCAGUCGUGCCCACUUUUAUAAAAUUCAAACCGAGCAAAUUUGUUUUUUAUUAAAAAAAAACCUUUAAAGACUCAAAUCUUUAACAUAAAUACACCCGUUUUAUUGAGUAAAGUGUACUGAGAGGACGACAACGACUGAAGUUACAUAUACAGAAAAUAUCAAAUUACACAAAAUAAAGACCAAAAAACAAACAUGUAUUUUUCCUGCAUUCAGGCCACAUUAAAAAGAAUAUAACGCCUGCCUUUCAAAAUAAGAUAUUUUAUUAAAAUAAAAGACAUCAGAAGGGCAUUAAAUAUUUAAUUUUCUGACCAGCUGUUCAUAACCCAUCCAGAACAUGUCCGUGACCCACUUUUGGGUUGGGACCCACCAGUUGAGAACCCCUGCUGUAGAGGAAUAUUCACUCAGGUGCUCUCAGCUCCGUCUCCUUCCUUUAUUAUCAAACUGUAGAGAACAGAAUCACUCAGAUUCGAUGAUCACAGUUUUCAUGGUCACUAAAAUCCGUAUAUUGAAGCUCUGAGACUCUUGGAGCUUCAGCAGCUUUUCGGUUUCCUGCUCAUGAAUGAAAGGAUGAAAAUAAAGCGACUCUUCACUCCCUCAUUUGUUCAUCUGUCGACUCUUCUUGAAAAUCAGUUCCUCCUCUUCAAACACAGGAAGGUUUUGGUUGUUUUCUUUCAGAGCCGUCCCACAGAAACGGUGAGUCCGACUCUGUCUCCCUCUGGUGGUGAAACGGCGUUCUCCUCCAGCUCCAGUCUUGUUCUCUCUAACCCGUGUCAACACCUUCAGUCGUGUUAAAGAGUCAACUCCUCGCUCUGCUUCUCUCCUCGUGAUAACAGCAUGUGCGGCCGGUUCAUAGUUUGAGUGUUUGUUUGUUUUCUUGGAAAUUAUUGACACAUUUUUUCUAUUGUUUUUUUGCAGUUAAAGAUAAACGGAAGAGCCUUUUCAUCAACAACGUAAGUCUUUUCUGUUUCCUAAUAUUCACGCUCACUCAGACUCAGCUGCCCGUUCACCUUCAGUUCAAAGUGACACGAAGAGAAGUGAAAUGUAAAUUGUCGGUCACAUGAUGUCCCUAAUUCUUAUUCCCCCCCCUGAGCACGACACCCCGGCGUGGAUUAUAUGGGUCAGACAAAAACAUGUACACUCAAAUAACACUCAGUGUGUGUGUGUGUGUGUGUGUGUGCGUGUGCAGCACGGCAUGUCACGGCGGAAGUACAGCUCCUGCUCCACCAUCUUCCUCGACGACAACACAGUCAGUCAGCCGAACCUCAAAUACACCAUCAAAUGGUAAAAACACGAUUAAAAACAGACGUCUAUCUUUGACUCGUUAUUUACUCUGAUUAAUUUAUUGUUGUUAUUUUCAUCCCUGCAGCGUCGCUUUGGCGAUCUACUACCACAUCAAAAACAGGUGAGAAUUAUCGUCCAUUUCCGAAGCUUCAUGUGUAAACAGAAUUUUAGAUUUACAUCUUUUUUUUCGUCUUUUUUUGGAAAUACUUCACACUCUAGUUUUGUUUCUGGAAUAAUAAAGCUGUUCGAUUACUGCUAACGUUAAAUCGCAGAUCGAACAAAUUAUUUCGUCUUUUCAAGUUUAAUUAAAAAGUUAUUCACCGUAUUUUUCGCACUAUAAGGCGCACCAUCGAUGAACGCGUCCAUUCACAUCUAUUUUCCAGAGGUGGGGGAAAGUCCUUAUGUUCAAGUCCAAGUCGAGUCUCGAGUCUGUGCUCUAAGUCUCAAGUCAAGUCCAAGUCCUUACCGUUUCUUUCAAGUCAAAAACAAGUCCUUUCAAAGCCAUAAACCAUUUGUUAUAUGUAAAGAUUUACAUCAAUCAUGAGCAUUUUUCACUAUUUGCAUUUAUUAUUAAACAAGGGUUCUUGUUUGUGUGAAGUUACAUAGUGCAGCUUUAAUUAAACUAUUUUACAUGUCAUACAAAAAAUAAUCAGAUAAAUUUCAAUAAUUGGAAACUUAGACAAUGUGCACAAAAAUAAGGAAGACUCAAAUACAAUUAAACAUUAAACUGAUACUUUAAUUCACUGUUCCAAAACAAAACAAGAGGGACACAAGGCGACACGUGGAAACAGGCGAGCAAUACCAGUGAGCGAUUUAUGUUCAGUCCUCCCAGUGUUGUCGUUAUGAGGGAGGCUAAAGUUUGAGACAGUGUUGCCAAGUUUCAUGAGAGAAAUAAGGAAACAGACCUCCAGAAACAGGAAAUAAGCAGACCUGGCAACACAACACGGUGUUACCAACGGCCGUAAUUCCUGACUAUUAGUUGAUGCGACACUUUUUAAAUGGUUUGGGCUGUAAGGUAUUAAGUGACUUGAAAAGACUUGACUUGACUUUUCAAGUCACUGGGCUCAAGUCAAGUCAAGUCAAGUCUCAAGUCUUUAGCAAUAAAGUCCCAAGCAAGUCCAAGUCAUGUCUUGAUCAUCAAGCGAGUCAAAAACGGGACUCAAGUCCAAGUCGAGUCUCAAGUCGAGUCGUCAAGCCCCCACCUCUGCUAUUUUCAUACAUAAGGCGCGCCGGAUUAUAAAGCGCCUUAAACCAAACAAAACAGUCAGAUAAGUCAAACUUUAACUCGUUCAAUAAUUCCACAAGGCGACGGUGGCUGCAGCGCUCCAACAAGCCAAAAGGAUUUUAAGUGCGCCUUAUAGUAUGAAAAAUACGGUAUAAAAUUAAAACUUCGGUUUCUGUUUGAUAGUUACUCACUUUGCAGCCCAACUGUUCGUUAGUGCUUGUGAUCUCUACGGCCUCUCUCCCGUCCCUUGGCUUUUCAGGCACAAGAUAAAACGUUUUAAGAGUUAUUGUCUUAUAAAGAAAAGUUUUCGAUGAAUUCAAGAGGCGCUUCAUUGUUCAGUUUUUAGAGGAUUGUCUGUGAUUUUAAUUAUCUCAUAAAUUAAUCAUUAAAGUGUUUCUGUCUCCGUCAGGGACACGGAUGGAGGAACGCUCUUAGAUAUAUUCGAUGAGAAGCUCCACCCUCUUUCAGUAAGACUUGAUCAGACUCAUUCCUCAAACUUUAUCUUCAACGUUCCUUAAUUUUUACUUUUAACUCAGUUUCAUCCUUUUCUCUGACUCUUUUUUUUCCUUCCAAUCUCAGAAAUCGGAGGUCCCCCGAGACUACAACCAACAUGACCCCGAGCAGAAGCAGAUCUAUCGGUUUGUCAGGACGCUGUUCAGCGCGGCGCAGCUCACAUCCGAGUGCGCCAUCGUCACGCUGGUACGUCCCCGUUUUUAAGACUUAUUGCGACCUCACAGUUACAGAUUCUGUGCAGCUCUCAGGGAGAACCUUUUCCGUGUCGUCCUGCAGGUCUACCUGGAGAGGCUCCUGACCUACGCAGAGAUCGACAUCUCCCCGGGGAACUGGAAGCGGAUCGUUCUGGGCGCGAUCCUGCUGGCCUCAAAGGUUUGGGACGACCAGGCGGUGUGGAACGUCGACUACUGCCAGAUCCUGAAGGACAUCACUGUGGAGGACAUGUGAGUGAACUCGAGCGGGUUUAUUCUCCAGGAUAAAGUUGGGAAACAGAAGAAACUUUGGCGUUAUGAAUAAAUGAACGCUCCGUUUUUUCCUCCUCUGUCAGGAACGAACUGGAGCGUAAAUUCCUGGAGCUGCUGCAGUUCAACAUCAACGUACCGUCCAGCGUCUACGCCAAGUACUACUUCGACCUGCGAUCGCUGUCAGAGUCCAACAACCUCAGCUUCCCUCUGGAGCCGCUCAGCAGAGAGAAGGCUCAGAAACUCGAGGUGAUCCUGCUGCGACUUUACGACUCUUCUCAGUUUUUGUUGCUCUUACUUUCCGGUUCUUGAUUUUCCUCAAACUCAGUGUUCAACCGCAGAGACUCGUCUGUUAGAAGGUUAUUUAUGAGGCGAUGUAGACUCCAUCACAAAUGGAGUAAAUGACAGUUUCAUCUGCAUAUAGUGGAACCAUGACUGCACAUUUCUGUUUUUAAUGAGUGUGAGUUCCUCCUGUUGUCCCCCUACAGUUAAACCCUCUCCAUGUCCUCUCCUCCUCCAGGCUAUUUCCAGGCUCUGCGAUGACAAGUACAAGGACGUACGGCGAGCGGCGAGGAAGCGCUCGGCCAGCACCGACAAUCUUUGCGGGAUCAGAUGGGCUCCUGCGAUCCUCCCCUAACCUACGGCCUUAAACCGAACGCCGACAUCAGACUCUUCCAGAACUCUCCAACUGAUGCGGCUCAGAAACUCCGGGUCGGAUCGUACGGCGUUCCUCCAGAGUCCGACGCCUUCACAGUGCCUCAAAUCUUGAACUGAGGAAGUCCAGGUGGUUUACUGUGGACCAAUAAAGACAUUCCUGGAAAGACUACCUUGAAAACUCUCAAGGACCUGUCUUUGUGAGCUUGUCUACCUGUCCUAGAGAUGGUCUUAAACAUCAGAGUGAAUCACAGUAUUUAUUAAACCGGACGAUGUGGACUCACGUGAGCCGGUCCAGACCCUCUGGAGUAUUUGUACUGCGUAUUUAUUUCCUUUGACAGAGUAAUAAAAGUAUUAACAUGUUUUUGAAGUCUUUGUACGCAAGGGUUUCAGUAUUUCUCUUGACACUCAGGAAGUCUAAUCGUUUGAUUUACUGUGAAACUCUUUUCAAUAAACUGACGGAUCAACGAGGAACUUUGACGAGUGAUGGAGGAUUUGUAGACGGUAGAAAACUCUGACGGGGAAGGACCCGAGAGCAGAACCAGAAAUGAUUUAUUCAGAAAGAAUCCAAGGAACAAAAAAUCACCAAGAAACAGGAGAAGACAAGGACUUUAAAUACGCAGGGAGACGAGCAACGAGAGGCAGGUGAGACAGAGACGCAGGUGAGGACGAUUACAGAGGAGGGAAAACAAGAAACACAGGGAAUAAACUCCUACAAAAUAAAACAGGAAACAAAAAAACAUGAGGGAACCGGGGUCAGAUACAAACUCAUGAAACAGGGGAACAGGAACUCUAGAAAAUAAAACUAAAAACCUGAACAUAUCAGGACGAUUUCUGCUGAGGGUAAAUAUUCACCUGUUCUUCCUGGUCCGCCUCUUCAUGUGGGGUCUGUAAAUCUCAGCGAUACCGGGAAAUUCUGCCCCCAUGUGGACCAGUCAGAGGCUGACGGUCUACAUGGUGUUGGUGUGUAGGUACAUGUUAGAGGACCAUGUGAAGGAGGCGGUCAGAAUCAGAUGACCUGCAAAAACUGACUCAAGUUUUCAUGUUGUUUUUUUUUUAAAUUUCAGACACGUCAACAUUUUGGAUUUUAACUUUCAUUAAAUAUACGAAGAGUUUAUCAAACUGAGAAAGGAUUGUUUUUUUCAAGCAGAAUUUUUCGUUCAAUUGAAAGUCUGGAACUUUUUUUUUCCACAGAAUAAACAUUUUCAGAUGAUUAAUUAGGCUCAAUGUACCUCAUUUGAUUUUGUUAAAAUGAUUAAAUAAAAAGUUUUAGUAAAAAUUUA